CCUCCGCAAUUCACGUGACUCUUGCUCUCUUGUCAUCACAUCCCACUCACAACCACUGACGUCACUCAACACUCGCAUCAUCCAAUCAUAAAUUACCGAUAAUUAAUUUCUGGACAAUAAAAUUAAUUUCAAAGACUAGUUAUUGGAGUUUUUUUCCGGUAAAAAUGAGGUGAAACUGCGGACCUCGAGGGGUUUUAACCUCAAAAUGGUUCGAUUCAAGAACAGGUACAUUACAGUUGAGAUUACCUUGAAAGACAGUGAAGAUAGACUGCUGGUGUUAAAGCCUUCUGCACUGUACCAUGCUGUUCAGAAAAGUGUGGAGAAGAUGUAUGGAGACUUUGGGCUGGCCGCGAUCAAGGCCGGAUUGAACGCACAAUAUUGCAAUCCACACACGAGAAUUGCUCUCAUCAAGUGUCGACAUGGGCCCCACAAUUUUUUAAUCGAUGCAAUUCCCACGAUUAACGAUGUCGGUGGAAGAUUCGUGGAGAUGAAGAUACUCUAUGUGGGAGCAACCAUGAAGAAUUGUUUUUUGUUCAUCAAAAAACAUCAGCAGAAAACAUUGCAAGCUGUCUGGGGAACAUUGAAAAAUGAUCAAGAGAGGAAGAAAAUGAUGGAAUCACUGAUGACGUUGACAGCGGAAAUGAAAGACUUCAGAUAGUGAAAAAUGAUGAAUAAAUUUAAAAAACAACUCAAUUUUAUAAUUCCUCACUCCAUUAUAAUUGUAUCUCUCAAAAAUUCUCAGUAAUAAUUAAUUCUAGGAGAUUAUGUCUUACAACCUUUUUUAUAGCUGAGGAAAUUCCCUACAAAAAAUGUCGUGUAAUAUUUUUUCGUAGAAUUUCUCAUUAUAGAGUUAAUGAAGCGAUUAGAAAAUUAAAAAAUCGUGGUUUCCCACGAAAUAAUUUUUUUUUUUGGAAUCCAAGUCUACUUUAAAUGCAAUUAUCUGAAUAAUGAUUAAUUUUAGAACAAAAUGUCUCAAAAGCUUUUUAUGGAGCUUAGGAAAUUCUCUACAAAAAAUGUCACAUUUGCUUGUAGAAUUUCUCAUUAUGGAGUUAAUGAAGUGAUUAAGAGAUGAAAAAAUCGUGGUUUUCUACGAAAUAUGUUUUAAAAUGAAAUUCAAGUCUGCUUUGAAUGCAAUUAUCUGAAUAAUGAUUAAUCUUAGGAGAAAAUGUCUCAAGAGCUUUUUUUUGUAGAACCAUCAGCAAAACAUUACCAGAUGUCUCAGGAGUAUUAAAAAAUUAUCAAAAGAGAAAGAAAAUGAUGGAAUCACUGAUGACGUUGACAUCAGAAAUGAGACUUCACAUAAUGAAAAAUGAAAAAUAUAUUUUUAAUAAUGUGCAA